AUGCCAAAUGAGAAACUGAAAACAGAACGUAAACAACUCAUCAGCUGGUUCAACACCAACACCCCUGCAACAGCUUCACCUGGCAGCAAAGAACUUCCUUUUGAGAUUCGAAAGAUCCAAUCAGGCAACAGGACUUUUGUUUUCACUACUCAAUUGGAUAUGCAAAUUCAAAAACUAUUCCCACAAGCUGACUCCUGGGUUACACUGCGCUUUCAACUGUUUGCGGCUCUCAGCCGCCGCUCGGCUCUCCCCCCCCUCUCCCCUCACACGAAACAACUCGUCGUCGCUCGGCUACCUUCGCCACCUCUCGGCCCUUCGGCCCACCCCCAUGCUUCGUCAUCGCUCGGAUACCUUCGUCACCGCUCGGCUCCCGAAUCCCCCGCCCCUUCGUCGCUCGGAUACUUUCGCCACCGCUCUGCUUCCCGAUCCCCUGUGUCGUCAUCGCUCGGAUACCUUCGACUGGCCCGACCCCACCUUCCGUCGUUGCUCGGUUCCUUUCCGCUACCGCUCGGCAACCUUCGCCUCUUUCCGGAACAUUCCCGUCACGGUCAUGCCGCCUCGUUAAACGGGUCGAGUCAGCCUGUCGAUCAAACAGUGGCCGUCCGGCCGACCCUCCCUGGAAGUGCCUUUGUAAACACUGCAGGAAGUCGGUACUUGUGUUACAGUGUUUGCUAUCUUGGAGCAACAAAAGUCCUAGGUUCAAAUUGCAUCUGCUUCUGCAGUAUGUGCCACAACACACAGCUGUUGAUCACCACCUUCCAAAUCUAUGUAAGUGCACAUGGAGAAAAUACUGACAGAUUUGAGCUCAUUUAUGAAGAACCUUCACCUCAACUGACUGAAAAACAAAGGAAGGAUGGUCACUGGUUAACUGGGAACUGAGAGUCAUGGAAAUGUCCCAGGAAGCAAUGAUUGCUUUCAAGAUAGGAAAACCCAAUAAUGCUUUUGAAUGAAUACUUUUGAAUUAGAACUGUAAUUUACCAUUAGCUUCUCCAAUGCACCUUUUUCAAAAUCCAGGAUAAAAAAUACUAAUGGAAAACCAAGGAUAAGCUUAAUUAGUCUUCCCAGUGAGCAGAACCUCUACAGUGUGGAAACAGGCCUUUUGGCCCAACAAGUCCACAACAACUCUCCAAAGAGCAUCCCACCCAGAGUCGCCUCCUAUCCUAUCGUGUUUUUCCCAUGGCUAAUCC